AUGGGGGUGUUGAUGUCCAGAAGGCAGACAGUGGAGAAGGUGCAGAAGGUCAGCUUGGCUGUGUCAGCCUUUAAGGAUGGGCUGCGGGCAGAGGGGGGAGGCACACGCCGAGGCACACUGGAGCAGUCUGUGCAGGAGGGAGAGGAGGAUGUGUCAGCAGGACCUUCCCAGACAGAAGAGAGCAGUGCUGCCAAGGCGGCCUGGGAACGGCUGCGGGAUGGCCGGGGUGUGGAGCCCGAGGAGUUUGACCGAGCCAACAGGUUCACACCGCCCGCCUUCAUCCGGCCCAAGAGGGAGCUGCAUGAUGAUGAGCCUCUGGACAUCAGCCUGGAGCAGCGGGAACAGGUCCUUAAUGACGAGAUGUGUGAGAUCUGUGAGGUGUGGACAGCUGAGAGCCUCUUCCCCUGCCGUAUCUGCAGCCGAGUGUACCACGACGGCUGCCUGCGCCGUAUGGGCUACCUGCAGAAUGACAGCGCCGUGGAGAUGACAGAGACAGCACACACCGAGACAGGCUGGAGCUGCUACUACUGCGACAACCUCAAUCUCCUGCUGACAGAGGAAGAGAUGUACAGCCUGAUGGAGACCCUGAAGCACUGCAAGAUUAUUCCAGAGACCUGCCUGACCCUGGAUGACUUCCUUCACUACAAGCAUCUGGUGCACAAGCAGCAGUUCGAGCAGCCCAUGGCUGAGGCGCAGGAGGAGCAGGCAGCCCUGCAGUUCUCUGCCCUGGACCCUGACAAGAAGGGGCAUAUCGAGUGGCAUGACUUCCUCUCCCAUGAGUCCAUUCAGCUGCUGCAAAAGCUGCGGCCACAGAACGCCCUCCUGCGGCUGCUGACGGCCAAGGAGCGAGAAAGGGCACGGGCAGCCUUCCUGGCCCUGGACCAGGACAGCGACGGGUUCAUCGGGGAGGGCGAGUGCCGCCGGGCCCGGCAUGCUUGGUUCCACAAGCACCAAAAGGAGACACCAUCCUGCAAUGUCAGCAUCAGCCACGUAGGGCCCAUGUCAGAGAGCAGCCCUGCCAGCAGCGGCAGUGGCAAGAGCCAGGAGAAGAUCCUGCCAGCCACGGAGCGUGAGGAGGCCAGGCCUAUCGACUGGCCCGGAUUCCUGCGGGAAAAUGUCAUCUACAUCCUGGCUGCCCGCCCCAACAGUGCCGCUCUCCACCUGCAGCCCCCCGCCUAG